CUUUCUACCCAUAUAGGUACACUCAUGUUUUUUUUUUUCAUUUCAUGAAGCGUUUUUGUCGUUUUUGAAAAUAAAUUUGUGGGUGUUUUAUUGAUCUAGUUGUGUUUUGUUCUUUAAGUUGUUAUUGUUGAUGUUUUUGGUCUGUUGGUGCGUUUUUUAUGUUUGAUUGAUAGCAUUAUAUGCUCUAAUUUUUCUCCUCCCAAUAUUUUAUUUUUUCACCCCACAGAAAACAUUUUAGGGUUUGAUUUCCAAAACUAUGAAAACGGCUCUGUUCUUUGAGAAAGAAAAUGUGUUGUUUUCUGGUUAACACAAUAUCAUUGUGGUACAAAUCUGGUGAGAAGUGUUUUUCUAUUAUCAACAUCUCUGUGUUAUCCUCUUCGAAUGCUUUUUAUCCUAUUGUUGGAAUUAAAAAAACGGGUGGUGCAUUUUUCUUUUUUGUUUCUAAGGUAAGCGAAUGUGAUCUAUACCUACUUAUAAGCUUUUGAAUACUCAUAAACUACUCCUCGGGUAUCUGGUUGCUUAGUGUUCUUAAUCUGGAUGUUAUUUCCUAUGGAUAUACAGAUAAUCUUAUCUUAUGUUUAAUUAGAAUCUCUUUUUCUCUUAAAUCUUUUGUUUGCAUAUGUGGAGGGCCAAUUUGCUUCUUUAAUUUCAGGAUCACAAUGAAGUUCUGUUGUUUUAAUCUAGCGGAAUGAUUGCUGUUUUUGUUCAAGCUGUAUAUUUCAUUGAUUUUUUGAGGUAAAAACUUUUGAUGUUUCAGUUGGGUAGAAGGCAGAAUCAUAGCCGGCCCCAAAUGAUUGGGACAUAAGGCUAGACUUGGCUUCGUUUGGUUUUGUUUGGUUAAUUGGGGAGAAGGCACCAAGAGAUUGGUUUAGGUAUUUUGAUAAAUUUAUCAAUAUUAUGUGGUUCUAAUAAUAUGAUAGCCAUAUAACGAAUAAAAGGAGUCAGUGAUAUAUGACCCUUCAUGACUUUUAUGCUCUUCCCCCUCCCCCUUCUUGUUAUUGAUAUUCAUCACACGGCUCAUCCAUUUUUUUUUUAAAAAAAGUUUUCAUACUUUCCAGGUGAAUCAAGUGAGAUCAUUUGGGCUCUGGGUGUGAUAUUUAUGUUAGUGAUUCAGAAUAAUUGCAGGUGGUCCUUUCUCAUAGUGGACUUCUAAUUUAACUGUGAAUUGUCUUGCAUAUGUAAUCUGGUUUGAUUUUCAUGUAGAUCCAGGCUGUCCUAGCUCUUCUCUGUGAUGGAAGGGGAAACAUCAUGGGUCAGUCAUUGCCUUGAUGACAGUACAAAGAAUGUUGGUGAGUAUAAUUCAUUUUCAGAACUUAGUGAUGAAGGUAAUAAAGAAGUUCCAGCAGUAUCCAUGGAUUUGAUCUUGCCUGAUGACUUGUUAGAACGAAUUCUAGCUUAUCUCCCCAUUGCAAGCAUUUUUAGGGCAGGAUGUGUGUGUAAAAGGUGGCAUGAUAUAGUAAGUUCAGAAAGAUUCUUGUGGAACUUGUCACUUCUCCUGACACAAAAGCCUUGGUAUUUUAUGUUUACAAGCUCCGAUGAACCAACUGGUUAUGCCUAUGAUCCUAUCCUUCGAAAAUGGUAUGGCAUUGAAUUUCCCUGCUUUCAGACACCAAAUUGGCUUACUGCUUCAUCAUAUGGCCUUGUUUGUUUCAUGGACAACGAUAGUCAAAGAGAGCUAUAUGUCUGUAACCCAAUUACCAAAGGUUGCAAGCGGCUUGUGGAGCCUCCAGGCCUGAAAUCUUCUGAUUUCAGUGCACUGGCAAUCUCGGUAAGCCAGAUAUCUCGCAAUUACAAUGUGUCAAUUGUGAAAUCUAAGCAAGUGCCUGGAAACUUCUUUCAGUGGGAUCUCUCAAUUCAUGUUUAUGACUCUGAAACAAUGAUGUGGGCAACCCCUUUAACAGAGGUUUUGACAGGGUGGAGAGGUGGUGAGGAGAGUGUGAUCUGUGAUGGGGUUUUGUACUUCUUAAUUUACUCUACUGGGGGUGGCAUGCCUGAUAAUCGUCAUGGCCUAGUGGCCUAUAACCUCUCUAGCCGAUUGUCCCAUGGUUUGUUGAAGAGGAGUUUUAUCCGAGUGCCUUGUUCUCUUACUUGUGGCCGUUUGAUGAGCCUCAAGGAGAAGUUGGUGAUGGUUGGGGGGAUUGGUAAACCAGAUUGGCCUGACAUAAUUAAGGGGAUUGGCAUUUGGGUUCUCAAUGGAAAGGAGUGGCAAGAAAUUGCUCGUAUGCCUCAUAAGUAUUUCCAAGGAUUUGGAGAAUUUGAUGAAGUUUUUGCUAGCAGCGGUGCCGAUGACCUUAUAUACAUCCAGAGCUAUGGAGCUCCGGCUCUUCUUGUUUUUGACGUUAAACAGAAGCAAUGGAGGUGGUCUCAGAAAUACCCUGUUACAAAGAGGUUUCCGCUUCAGCUCUUUAAUGGUUUUUGCUUUGAACCCAGGCUUGAAUUUACUCCUUAAUUCAGUCUCUCAUUGGUUUCAUAUCUGUUGUAAUGAAAAUAUUCAUCCCAACUUCCCACAAUUUUUUGUGUUUUAACCUACAUAUCAAUUGCUGUGAUUUCUGUGUUCUGCUUAAAGGUUUAUACGAAAUGUACCAGCCAACGAGGCUGCUAAUUCAUGAAAUGGGAAAUAUAUUGUUAGGAAGCAAA